UGACCUUUGCUUGUUUAAGAUCAUAAUUAAGGUAAUAUUCAUGGGAGAUUCAAUCAUGUAUUCGUUUCUGGCGUUCGUAAUUCUCCUUGGUAUUGCGGGUGUCCACAGCCAGGCACAACCAAAGUCAUGCGCGGACCUGUACCGGACCAACAUCCUCCGCAAGAACGGGGUUUUCAUGGUGUACAACAAUCAGGGCCAGCAGUUCCGCGUAUAUUGUGACUUCCGGCACGGGUACGGAUACACGUUCAUAUCACCUGACACGCGUGUGCACGUGGACAUGGACAACUUCGUUACUAACAAAUCACACGUGUUGAUCAUGGACCACCGGAAAGACGGCACCCAGUACUUGGCGGCGAUUUCACAAAUAUCUCAAUACCAGAACAUCCCUUUGUCCAUUCAGUGGAAUAGCUAUACCGGAUACACCUCUAUGCAGAACCCGACUAUGGGGCCGUACAUCUACGUCGGACUCAUCCCGAAAGCAAACACUCACCGCGGCGGCACAGAGGGAUACAACGAGGACGGGCGUGAUCUUACUUUCGUUAACUGUGAUGGGAACACCAACAGCUACUUCGUUUUCCUACUUAACGGAAACAACGCCGCUCCCUCCCCGUAUCACCCAACCUACUCAAGCCUGCAGAAACAGUGGAUCACUUCCGCCCGCGCCGUCCCUCCAAGUCAGUACCUACCAACGAGCUAUUUUAGUUUCUUCGAGAUGCACUUUGGCGGAUGUGGCGCCUACGGCACGCCCCAGCACCUGCCGCUCGUCGAUGGAGCCGCCGUCGGUCUACGCUAUGACAUAUCCUGCCCGACUCCUGUUGACGUUCAACACGCUACCAAAUCGAUGACGUCGACGUCAGUAGGAGGGACGGUGACGUAUACUUGUGACCUCGGCUACACGCGCCAGAUUGGUGAUCUGACGCAGACGUGUGCAGAUACCGGCAGAUGGACAGGGCUCACCCCUACUUGUGCUAGUUUCCCGUGCUCGAGUCAUCCAUGCAAGAAUGGUGGGCUAUGUUUCGAGGUGGAAGGGACUUCUUACGUGUGUGAGUGUGCUGAGGGGUUCGAAGGGACUAUGUGUGAACGCCAGGUGCAGCUCUAAGAUAAUUGGGAAGAUUUUAUCCUGCAAUAAAACUCUUUCGAAUAUGU